AUGCAGCACGAAUACGCAGCCCGCGACGGUAGCACGGGAGGAUCUCGGCCAACAGAGCUAAGGAUCAGCGAUAAGAGAGAUGCUAGGCAGACACCUGACAUGCCUCUGCUCCGAGGGCGCAGCUCUGACGAACGCGGGGUUUCCCCCCACCCCAAGACUUUCCACGGAUGGAAUUUGAGCUCCCGCAAACAGAGAUCCAGCGACAUUCCUCCUCGGAAGCCUGUGGCCCAGGGGGACAGCAAGAGGGCCUUCGGGGUCGGGCUGGUGCGGCCCCGCGGCCGCCGCCGGGGCGCCGUGCGUACCUGCCUGAGGGACCUGCAGCACAGCUUCGAGCGGCGCGGCAGGCUCCCGCCCGGCCUCGGCCCCCUCCCCCCGGAGCUCCUCAGACGCGGCAAGCUGCAGAGGGAGUCAGACUUCAUGGCCAGUGUAGACAGCAGCUGGAUCUCCUGGGGUGUGGGAGUCUUCAUUCUGAAGCCCCUGAAGUGGACCCUCUCCAGUGUGCUGGGUGACAGUAAAAUACCUGAGGAAGAGGAAGUUCUGAUUUAUGUGGAGCUGCUUCAGGAGAAGGCAGAGGAAGUUUAUCGCCUAUAUCAGAACUCUGCACUUUCUUCUCACCCUGUUGUUGCCCUCUCAGAGCUGCGUUCCCUCUGUGCCAGUGUUUGUCCAGAUGAAAGGACGUUCUACUUGUUGCUGCUCCAGCUGCAGAAGGAAAAGAGGGUCACGAUCCUGGAACAGAACGGAGAGAAGAUAGUGAAGUUUGCCCGAGGUCUUCACGCCAAAGUCUCCCCAAUGAAUGAUGUGGACAUUGGAGUGUAUCAGUUGAUGCAAAGCGAACAGCUGCUGUCACAGAAGGUGGAGUCCCUUUCCCAGGAAGCAGAGAAGUGUAAAGAGGACGCCCGGAGUGCUUGUAGAGCUGGGAAAAAGCAACUGGCGCUGAGAUGUUUGAAGUCCAAACGAAGGACAGAAAGGCGCAUUGAAGAGCUUCAUUCCAAGCUGGAUGCAGUGCAGGGGAUCUUGGAUCGUAUAUACGCCUCCCAGACUGACCAGAUGGUAUUUAAUGCCUAUCAGGCUGGCGUGGGAGCUCUGAAACUGUCUAUGAAGGAUGUUACUGUCGAGAAGGCAGAGAACCUGGUGGAUCAGAUACAAGAGCUUUGUGAUACUCAAGAUGAAGUAGCCCAGACUCUGGCUGGAGUGGGGAUCAAUGGGCUAGAGAUGGACACUGAGGAACUUGAGAAGGAGCUGGACAGCCUCCUCCAGGACUCGACUAAGGAGCCUGUAGAUCUGCCUCCUGUUCCCCAGAAGGUGCUGAAUCCACCCAUUUUUGAUGCUGAGCUUGAAGCCGAAUUGGAAAAGCUCUCUGUUUCUGAUGGAGAUUUGGCACAAAAGACUCCCUCUGCUUCCUCUGAACCCAAAACAGCUCUGGGACUGAAUCUCUAAAGACCCAACCGUAUCCUGUUGCUGCAGUUUGAGAAGUUGUCUUAAGGUUCCUUAACUAAUGACUAGAACUUCUGGGGAGAGGGGUAACGCUCCCCUGUUCUUCAUGGAUACCACUUUGCUCAGCAACAGGAUCUCCUGCCAUGACAAUCCACUCUGGAACUGGCCCCAUCUCUGUGCCAACAUCUGCACUGGUCUCAAUUUGACUUGCUAUCCCAAGUCAC